AUGCAAUCAUCAAAUGGACGUCAUCGACUUGGUGACUUUGAAAAGCUACAAGAGGAAACAAGUAACGACAAUGUCAAAAAUCUUGCCUAUAUAUAUGGUCAACUUGGUCGUAUUAAAAAAUGUCAAAGCUCAAUAUCAAGAAGCACUCCAGUUUUACAAGAAAAAUAUCUUGGACCAAAUCAUCUGAUUCUGACAACAACCUAUAACGACAUACGUGAUGUCUAUGUUAACAUGGGAGAAUAUGCCAAUGCACUCGAAUCUCGCAAGAAGUCAUUAGAAAUUCAACAAAAAUCCUUGCCACCGAAUCAUCCAGAAUUGGAUACAAUCUAUAACAACAUUGGAGAAGUGUACUUACAAGUGGAUCAAUAUUCAAAUGCAUUGAAAUGCUAUCAAAAAGCGUUGGAAAUUCAACAAAACUCUCUUUCACCAAAACAUCCGGAACUUGCCACUACCUAUCAUAAUAUUUCUGCAGUACAUGAUGAUAUGGGUGAAUAUUCGAAAUCUCUUGAUUUUCACACGAAAUCACUUGAAAUUCGAAAGAAAAGUCUCCCUUUGGAUAAUCCUGAAUUGGUUUCUACCUAUGAUACUAUCGGUGAAGUCUAUAUUAGAAUGAGAGAUUAUUCAAAAGCACUUGAAUUCUAUCAUAAUAUUGCGUCAGUGCACGAAGAUAUGAGAUAA